GUAGAAAGUAUAAGAACCCAUCGACAGUACAGUUCGCCAGUGAAAGAUGAGCGACAAGGUGGAAGGAAGAAAACAGGAGGAAAAUCAGCAGGAAAAGGACCAAUCCUUGCGGGUGCAAAUCCUCGUUUAUCGCUGCAUGGGCAUCGAUUUGUGGAGUCCCACGAUGGCGAACGACCGUCCGUGGCUGACGUUCGUCACAAUGGGACCACUUUUCCUGUUCAUGGUGCCCAUGUUCCUGGCCGCCCACGAGUACAUCACCCAGGUCAGCCUGCUCUCCGACACCCUUGGCUCCACCUUCGCUAGCAUGCUCACCCUGGUCAAGUUCCUGCUCUUCUGCUAUCACCGCUCGGAGCUCGUUGGCCAGAUCUACCACAUCAGAACCAUCUUGGCUAAGGAAAUCAGCGUGUGGCCGGAUGCGCGGGAAAUCAUUGAGGUGGAGAAUCAAAGCGACCAAUUGCUUAGCCUUACGUACACCCGCUGUUUUGGCCUGGCGGGAAUCUUUGCGGCAUUGAAGCCCUUUGUGGGCAUAAUACUCUCCUCGAUUCGCGGCGACGAGAUUCAUUUGGAGCUGCCCCACAAUGGGGUUUAUCCGUACGAUCUGCAGGUGGUCAUGUGGUAUGUGCCCACCUAUCUGUGGAAUGUGAUGGCCAGCUAUAGUGCAGUUACCAUGGCGCUUUGCGUAGACUCGCUGCUCUUCUUUUUCACCUACAACGUGUGCGCCAUUUUCAAGAUUGCCAAGCACCGGAUGAUCCACCUGCCGGCGGUGGGCGGCAAGGCGGAGCUGGAGGGUCUGGUUCAGGUACUAUUGCUGCACCAGAUGGGCCUCCAGAUCGCCGAUGACAUUGCGAACAAGUACCGCCCGCUGAUCUUUCUGCAGUUCUUUCUCUCCGCCCUGCAGAUCUGCUUCAUUGGGUUUCAGGUGGCGGAUCUGUUUCCCAAUCCGCAGAGCCUGUACUUCAUCGCCUUUGUGGGCUCCCUGCUCAUUGCGCUGUUCAUCUACUCGAAGUGCGGUGAGAAUAUCAAGAGUGCCAGCCUGGAUUUCGGCAACGGGCUGUACGAGAGCAACUGGACCGACUUCUCGCCACCCACCAAGCGAGCCCUCCUCAUCGCCGCCAUGCGCGCCCAACGACCUUGCCAGAUGAAGGGCUACUUUUUCGAGGCCAGCAUGGCCACCUUCUCGGCGAUUGUGCGCUCUGCCGUUUCCUACAUCAUGAUGUUGCGCUCCUUUAAUGCCUAAGAAGGACAUCAAAAUGUGUGUGUGCCAGGUGACGUGGCAGUUUUGUUUACAAGAUGCCAGGUUCAGCAACAAUAUAAUAACUAACAUG